UCGCUCUGCAGAGAAGCUAUCUCACUCUGCGCGACGGGAACCCACUUGGCAGCAACUAUUCGCCUUAGUCUGGCAUGGACUCUGCAGAUGUUAUCCAGAAUUAACGGAUCUCACGCUUUGAUCAACGAAGCAGUCGACAUCCAGCGACAGGCCUUGGUUGACCUGCCUCCGUCUCAUUGUUACGAUCAACAUCGACACCUGCGAUUCCUAGGGGUGCAUCUACACUACCGAUACGAAGUUUUCGGAAGACCAGAAGAUUUGGAUGAAUUCCUUGAUGUUUCCGCGCAGGCCGUGCACUUAUGUCCAGAGAUGCACAUUGAUCGAUGCAAGACCGUAACUGAGAUGCUCUGGGCGCUAUAUGCGAAGGCUGUGCGCUCUGGCGCUGUCAAUGAGCUCAACAAAUCGAUUGAACUUGGACUGAACACUCUCAAAGAAGUUUCUGGUGCUGGGAUGGGGCGCGCCAGAUGCCUUGGUGUGGUAGGAGAUCUGCUCGCCCUUCGGCAUGAGCUCGCUCCAUCAGAUGGGCGCGAACUCGAGAAGUCAAUCACUCUGACCCGGGAAGCUUUGCAGCUAUACCCUCCCAACCGAGCAAACUAUAGGGUGUGCGUGGACCGCUUGGCACUCGGAUUGCGUUUGCAGUACAACUGGACUGGAGAGAUAAGUUGUCUCGAAGAAGCUAUUCAACUCGGGCGUUCUUCAAUCGAUUCAAUUCCAACUACCCACCCUCAGCGAUUCAUUCCCGCUCGCAAUCUGGCGCAUUCACUGAUGCUCCGCUUCAACGAGACAAGGCGCAUCUCUGAUCUCCAUGAAGCCAUCAAAUGGGAUCGUAGUGCCCUGGCAAGCAUUGGGACCUCACAUACGUCCUAUCCGGAGAUUUCUGCUCAAGCUGUCUCCCGUCUUUGCAUGUUAUUUGACGCUCGGGGCUCGUUCGAGGCUUUGGAAGAAGCGAUUACCCUCGGCAACACCGUCCUGGAUACGAUGGCUUCCGAUCAUAUCCAACGCAGCGAUGUUAUCCUCGAGCUGUCAAAAGCUCUGUUACGCCGCGGGAGACAUCAAGGGAACGUCGCGGACAUCGACCGCUCCAUCUCGGAGCUAGCACGUAUCAAGGAAGUCAUGCUUCAGCGAACAGACGGUCCUGAACUUCUGAGCACCCUCGCCGACUGUCAUAUCGUCAGAUUUCGCUUCAAUCGCGGCUACAAAGACGCGAACGAUGCCUUGGAGAUCAUGACUGGCUUAUUGGAUAAGCUGCCUCCCGGGCGUCCCGAGAAGUAUCAGUACCUCGUGAGUACAGCGGAACUCCACAUGGAGAUAGGAACACCUUACCGGACAGAUCGCCAACUGCUGGAUAUCUUCGCUCUUGUGGGGGGACUUCUGCCCCGAGUGGCUUUCUUUGAUCUUCAUCUUCAUACCCGACUCCAGUCUCUAGCUAUCGGCCAGAGCAUCGCUCUCACCGGCGCAUCUCACGCGCUCAACAUCGGUUCAUCUCAGAAAGCUCUGGAAAUCCUUGAGCAGGGCCGUGCGGUCUUCUGGACCCAUGCACUACGCUUGCGCUCUCCGUUCGAGGCAGCGCCCAAGGAGCUCAGAGCACGAUUGUUGAUCCUUGCCCGACAGCUGGAGAAAGUGCGCGACAGCUCGUUUACGGGCGAGAACCCGGGGGCCGUCGAAGCGGACAUCGCACGGAGAAGGGGUCAGAUCGAAGAAUUCAACGCGCUGCUCAACCAGGUUCGCAAACUACCUGGACUGAACAGAUUCCUGCUGCACGACGAGUUUACGACGCUGAGAAAAGCCUCCGAAAGAGGACCGGUCGUAGUGUUGGUUUCCAGUGCGCUGGGGUGCCACGCUAUCCUUCUCAAGCAGGGGGGCGACUGUGUAAGCAUUCCUAUCGAACAUCUUCCUGAUAUUUGGCUCGCACAUUCCGGCACGGAGUGGCGAUCGAUCAUCGUGGAGGCGAGGGCGGAGAUGCGCGACUGCAGAAAGAUGAAAAAAUCGAAAAUCCCGAAGGCUCGAAGGACGGCUGCCGACGAAAUCUUGCGCCAGUUAUGGAUUGAGGUGGUGAGACCAGUCCUCAGUGCUCUAGGGCUCGAACCCGCCGAAGGUCGAAACCGUCCUCGCAUAUGGUGGUGCCCUACUGGAAACUUUGCUCACUUACCGAUCCAUGCAGCCGGUGCCGGCGGAGAGUGGUGCUCGGAUUACGUCGUCUCCUCCUAUAUACCGACCAUCGGGUCCCUUCUUGCUGCCAGAAACGCGUAUUCUCCCAUCCUCAAGGAGGACGUUCAAGCGCUCGUCGCUGCAACGCCUCGGUCGAGCAUGUCGCAGUGGAGCGACCUCAUCAACACGCGCGAAGAAGCGAGAGCGAUCCGUGCGGUCUUACCAAGCGGAUCCACGAUGGAGCUGCCUCCCGCAGACGACGCUUGCAUUGAGGGCGGAAACGGGAUCACGGCGGAGACGCUGCUAAAGCUGCUCCCACAGACGAACAUCCUUCACCUCGCGUGCCAUGGCCAUCAAGAUCUGGAGAAUCCGUUGCAGAGCGGAUUCAUUCUGCGUGACGAGAAACUCACGAUCGAACGACUCAUGCCCGUACCCCUCCCUCGCGCGGUCAUGGCAUUCUUGAGUGCAUGCGAAACAGCCAAAGGUGACUUCAAUCAGCCUGAUCAGGUGGUCCAUCUCGCGGCCGUCAUGUUCUUCGCAGGAUUCAAAAGCGUCAUCGCUACGCUCUGGUCCAUGGCGGACGCGGACGGGCCGGAGAUAGCUCGAUCUGUAUACCAGAAGAUAUUCAGCGGCAACUUGGAUCACAUCGACCCCGAUGACAUCGCGUACGCCCUCGACGAGGCCGUCACGAAACUGCGAACCGUCCAGCCUGAGCCGCUCCGAUGGGCACCGUAUAUACACCUAGGGAUUUGA